ACGACGAGAACUUAGACCCGAAAAACACAGCAGAAGGAUGCGGUGUUAGUGAAGCCAACGGAAUAUAACAACGCUCAUUUAUCAGCGGCCGACAUGAAGUUGUUUUGUCUGUCUGGUCAUCCCACAUUGCCCUGCAAUGUCCUCAAGUUUAAAUCCACCACCAUCAUGCUGGACUGUGGACUGGACACCACCUCAGUGCUCCACUUCCUGCCCCUUCCGCUGGUGCACAGCCCACGACUCUCCAAGCUACCUAGUUGGGUCUCUAAGGAUGGCUCCCUAAACCUGGAGAAGGAACUGAAGGAGUGUGCAGGACGAGUGUUUGUGGACUCGCAGCCAGAGUUCUGUCUCCCUGAGAGAGAGCUGCUGGAUCUGUCGACCGUUGACGUCAUCCUGGUCUCCAACUACCACUGUAUGAUGGCCCUGCCCUACAUCACGGAGCACACCGGCUUCACUGGGAUGGUGUACGCCACGGAGCCCACCCUGACCAUCGGCAGGAUGUUGAUGGAGGAACUGGUGAACUUCAUGGAGAGAGUUCCCAAAGCCCAGUCUGCCACCUGCUGGAAGAACAAGGAAAUACAACGGAUGCUCCCUGGGCCGCUGAAGGACGCGCUCGACGUGUGGGCGUGGAAACGAAGCUACAGCUUGCAGGAGGUCAACUCUGCCCUCAGCAAAGUGCAGCUCGUGGGUUAUUCACAGAAAGUGGAGCUGUUCGGAGCGGUCCAGGUUUCCCCCUUAAGCUCGGGCUACUCACUGGGGAGCUCCAACUGGAUCAUCCAGUCUCACCAUGAGAAGAUUUCCUAUGUGUCGAGCUCGUCCCUCCUCACCACCCAUCCACAGCCGAUGGACCAGAGCUCCCUCAAGAACAGCGACGUUCUGAUUCUGACGGGCCUCACCCAGAUGCCCACCGCAAACCCAGACGGCAUGCUGGGAGAAUUCUGCAGCAACCUCGCCAUGACGAUUCGAGCCGGAGGCAACGUGCUGGUGCCGUGCUACCCGUCCGGGGUGAUCUACGACCUGCUGGAGUGUCUGUACCAGUUCAUCGACAGCGCCAACCUGGGGACCACGCCCUUCUACUUCAUUUCGCCCGUCGCCAACAGCUCGCUGGAGUUCUCUCAGAUCUUCGCCGAGUGGCUCUGCCACAACAAGCAAUCGAAGGUGUAUCUCCCAGAGCCUCCGUUCCCUCAUGCGGAGUUGAUCCAGACCAACAAGCUGAAGCACUACGCCAGCAUCCACGGGGACUUCAGCAUCGAGUUCCGCCAGCCGUGCGUGGUGUUCACCGGCCACCCGUCUCUGCGCUUCGGGGACGUGGUCCACUUCAUGGAGCUGUGGGGCAAAUCCAGCCUGAACACCAUCAUCUUCACCGAGCCCGACUUCUCUUACCUGGAUGCUCUGGCUCCCUACCAGCCGCUGGCCAUGAAGUGCGUUUACUGUCCCAUCGACACGCGACUCAACUUCCACCAAGUGUCCAAGCUCCUCAAGGAGGUCCAGCCCGUCCAUGUGGUGUGUCCGGAGCAGUACACCCAGCCGCCGCUGACCCAGUCCCACCGCUCCGACCUGAUGCUGGAGCUGCAGCCGCCGCCGAUGCCCUACAGGCGCUGCUCUGUGCUCAGCCUGCCCCACAAGCGGCGCUAUGAGCGGGUCUACAUCCUGCCUGAGCUGGCUAACUCUCUGGUGCCGUCUGAGAUCAAGCCCGGCGUUUCCCUGGCAACUGUGUUUGCAGUGCUGCACUCCAAGGACAACAAGCACACACUGCAGUCGGUGGCCAAACCCCCCCCAGCGCCCCCCAGCAAGAAGAGGAAACGGGUCCCCGAGGAGCCUCCGGUCCUGCUGGCCCCCAAGCCCCUGCUGAGCGGGGCGGUGCCCCUGGAGGCGUUCCUGGCCACGCUGCAGAAGCACGGCAUCACGGAGGUGAAGGUGGAGGAGACGGCGGACGGCCACAUGCUGCACCUGCAGGCCGAGGACACGCUGAUCCAGCUGGAGGAGGACGGCACGCACAUCGUCUGCGACAACAACGAGCCGCUGCGCACCACGCUGAGGGACCUGGUGCUGCGCUUCCUGCUGAAACUCUGACCUCCUCUUCCUCAUCAUCCUCCUCUUCCUCGUGCGGUCUUGUGACCGGUGUUCCGCUGCUCCGGACUCUGGGGAGUGGAGCUCGCUCCGCCUCCUCCGCGGUGGCAGUAGUUUCACUGUAAAUGUUUGCUUUUGUAAAAUAGUAUUUUGUAUUAAAAGCUUUUUCUUUU